CACAACCCGGGAUACCAGCGAAACGACAGCUUGCAACAUAUGGAACCCGAGACUGCGAGAAUUGCAGCUAAAUAAGUUUAUAGACAUUUAAAAAAACUCCCAAAAACAACGCCAACAACGGUUGUGGAUUUAUAAUAUCUAUCUAUCUAUCUAUCUAUCUAUCUAUCUAUCUAUCUAUCUAUCUAUCUAUACGUGUAUUUUUCCACUCAAAAUACACGUUUGCGUGUUUUUUUUUUUUAUCGCGACUGGAGAUUUAACGCACAGAAAGACUUUUGCAUCGUUGAAGAAUUUCCUCAAAUGCUUUUCUAACUUUUAAAUAUAUAUUGGUUUAUUUUUAUUUAUUUUUUAUUUUUUUUAUAUAUCAGUUAGGGAGUGAAAGAAGACAAGAGACCCGAUUUAUUUCACCUUAACACUGUUAUGUAUUUGGAGACUUCCACGGUUCCUUGAGUGUAAUCAGACGUUUUACCAAAAGAAGAAAUCAUCAAAAAUUAAUAUAUAUAUUUUAUUUCAAGCAAGGACAGCUUCAUCUGGGAUGUUGAGUUCUGUAAAAAUGGAAUCCCACGAAAUUCCAGAAUGGAAUUCUUACUACGCAGAACCCGCAGAGAUGUAUCCCUCCAUCAGCACAAUGAGCUCAGGGUUGGGUUCUAUGAACAAUUACAUCAACCUGAAUUCUAUGGGAUCUUCAGCAGCCAUGAACAUGACUUACGCAAGCAGUGGGAUCAACACUAACCCUCUGUCAGGCAUGAACGCCAACGCCAACCACAUGAGCCUUUCCCCAGUGGUGUCCUCCCUCAAUUCCAGCACCCUGACCCAGCUUGGAGCCCCGACCUCUUCCCUCAACUCCGUCUCACCCUACCAGAACAUGAGCCAACCCAUGAGCCAGCUCAGCUACCCUUCGGCCAAGGAGAUGAGCAAGCCCUACCGUCGCACCCUGACUCAUGCCAAGCCACCAUACUCCUACAUCUCCCUGAUCACCAUGGCGAUCCAGCAGUCCAACAGCAAGAUGUUGACCCUCAAUGAGAUCUACCAGUGGAUCAUGGACCUCUUCCCUUACUACAGGGAGAACCAGCAGAGGUGGCAAAAUUCCAUCCGCCACUCCUUGUCUUUCAACGACUGCUUCGUCAAGGUGGCCAGGUCUCCUGACAAGCCCGGAAAGGGCUCCUAUUGGGCCCUGCACCCCAAUUCGGGGAACAUGUUCGAGAACGGGUGCUACCUCCGGCGCCAGAAGCGCUUCAAGCUUGAGGACAAAGCCAGCAAGAAGAAUUCCUCGCUCAAGACUCAAGAUGCCAAGGGCCAGGACAGCCUUCAUGAGGAACACAGCCCCGACCCGGCCUCAGAAGGGGCAGAGUCAGCCCAUUCUGACAACUCCCACCACGGUUCUUCUCCCGAGGAGCAGCAGCAGAGAAGUCUUAUCCAUCUGGAAUGUCCCCAGCCGCCAGCCCAAGGCUCUCCUUCUCUGUCUGCUUCUGGUUCCAAUGCCACCUCGUCCUCCCACCCUCUCCCCCAGCCCAUGGGAGGCAACCACCUUCUCCCCAGCUCCAUCCAACACCUGGAUCUCCAGAACGACCAUCUCAAGUCAUUGGACCCUCACUACAAUUUCAACCACCCCUUCUCCAUCACCAACCUGAUGUCCUCGGAGCAAAAGAUGGACCUCAAGUCCUACCAGGAUCAGAUGAUGGCUUAUAACAGCUACUCUUCUUCUUCCUCCACUAUGAUGGCCAAGCACAGUUACGACAGCUCCACCUCAUCACCCAUGGACUCGGGACCCUACUACCAUGCCCUGUACAGCAGAUCCGUCCUCAAUGCCUCAUAACAACCCCCGGAAAGGAGGCUCGAUGGUUUUUCCUUGGACACAAGAUAGGUAGUGGUUUCCUACAAAGAACAUUUUAUUGGCUACCCCACCCCUAACAAAAGGAAAUCAUGGUGCAGCCCUGAAUUUGACUGGUCAACAGACUAAAAAGAUGAAUUCCGUCCAAAUACAAGAGACCUAUGUUGCUGGACUUCAUGGGAUAAAAAAAUAAAUGAAUAAUUCUACUACUACUACUACUACUACUAACAAUAAUAAUAAUAAUAAUAAUAAUAAUAAUAAUAAUAAUAAUAAUAAUAAUAAUAAUAAUUAAAUAAAACAAAACAAAACAUUAGGCAGUUUACUCAGGUUUUCUACAGUGUGUAUAUAACUGUAAAUAUGGUCAACAGAAAACUAUGGUUCAUAUAUUUAUGAAACGGAAAAUAAUUCUUAAUAUAUCCUGUACAGUGUGUCGAGUCGUUCUUAAUAAAAAAGAAAAGGAAAAAGUAAUAUUCUGAAUAUGUGAAAUAUGUGCUUCUAUUAAAGAUUGCUGUUCAUUUCUAUGUUGUUACUGCAUUACAGGAUAUUCUAACAUGUUACAAUCAAAUUAAGUUGUUGAAGUUUUUAAGAUGUGCUUACCAUACUAUAAUGAAUGGUUUAUGUCAGUGUAGGUCCUAAAAUCAUUGGUUUAGGAUAUAAGGGAAGAAGACAGACUAGGGGGAAACACUGUCUUCUUGAGAACCGAAAUCACUUGAAUUUAACCUUUUCUCAUACAAACAUCAUGACAAUCAUUUACAAAAAAUACAAAAAUAAAACUUUUAAAUGUCUUUCAAGUUUCAGGUCAUUUUUAAAAAACUUUUUAAAAAUAAAUAAUGAUAAAAAAAACAGUUUAUUUAAAUAUUUUUGCUUCAAAACAGGGGAAAUUGAGUGUGUUAAUAUAUUGGGUUUGUUGUUUUUUGUGGGUUUUCUUAUUAAAAAAACAUGAAAAGAAA